AAUGGUGUAGAAGCUUCCGCCCUCACGCUGAGAGCAGGAAGUGAAUGCAGAGGGAAAACGGAGCAAUCGAGCAGAGCGGCAGAAACAGGCGAGCCGGGCCAUCACUCCGAUCUACUUGUCUGGACUAACCGGGCUAACUUUAGCUACAUGUGCUGAGGUCGAGAGGGUGGAAACUGAUCUCAACCGCAACAAUGCCGACAGUUACUCUGCCGCCGAAAGAGAACGCGCUCUUCAAGAGGAUUUUGCGUUGUUACGAACACAAACAGUACAGAAAUGGCCUCAAGUUCUGCAAGCAAAUCCUGUCCAACCCAAAGUUUGCUGAACAUGGAGAGACCCUAGCAAUGAAGGGCUUGACCCUGAACUGUCUGGGGAAAAAGGAGGAGGCCUAUGACCUAGUGAGACGAGGCCUGCGUAACGACCUCCGGAGCCAUGUCUGCUGGCACGUUUACGGCCUGCUGCAGCGCUCCGACAAGAAGUACGACGAGGCUAUCAAGUGUUACCGCAACGCCCUCAAGUGGGACAAGGACAACCUGCAGAUCCUACGAGAUCUGUCACUGCUUCAGAUCCAGAUGCGAGACCUAGAGGGCUACAGGGAGACAAGGUAUCAACUCCUUCAGCUGCGUCCUGCACAACGAGCCUCAUGGAUCGGCUACGCCAUCGCCUAUCACCUCUUGGAAGAUUACGAGAUGGCUGCAAAGAUUAUUGAGGAGUUCAGAAAAACACAACAGACGUCUCCAGACAAAGUGGACUAUGAGUACAGUGAGCUGCUGCUGUACCAGAACCAGGUGCUGAGAGAAGCCGGCCUGUACAAGGAGGCCUUGGAGCAUCUGUCCAACUUUGAAAAACAGAUCUGUGACAAACUAGCAGUGGAGGAGACACGAGGAGAGUUGAUGUUGCAGUUGGAACGUCUGGAGGAAGCCACAGAAGUUUAUCAUCAACUCCAAGAAAGGAAUCCAGAGAACUGGUCCUAUUAUCAUGGCCUGGAGAAGGCCCUAAAACCAAGCAGUGUAGAGGAGAGACACAAGAUCUACGAGGAUGCCUGGGUGAAGUUCCCCAAAGGACUUGUUCCUCGUCGACUGCCCCUCAACUUUCUCUCUGGUGAGAAAUUCAGAGAGUGUCUGGACAGGUAUCUGAGGAUGAACUUCAGUAAAGGCUGUCCGCCAGUCUUCACUACCUUAAAGUCACUGUACAACGACAAAGAAAAGGUGGCAAUAAUAGAAGAGCUGGUGGUUGGCUAUGAAACUUCACUAAAAGGCUGCAGAAUGUUCAACCAGAAUGAUGAUGGAAAAGAGGAACCUCCAACAACAUUGCUCUGGGUGCAGUACUUCCUGGCACAGCACUAUGACAUGGUCAGCCAGCAGACGUUGGCUCUAGAAUACAUCAACGCGGCAAUCGAGAGCACGCCAACGCUGAUCGAACUUUUCCUCAUCAAGGCCAAGAUUUACAAGCAUGCUGGGAACAUCAAAGAAGCAGCUCAGUGGAUGGACGAGGCCCAGGCUCUGGACACUGCUGACAGAUUCAUCAACUCUAAGUGUGCCAAGUACAUGCUGAAGGCUGGCAUGAUCAAAGAGGCUGAGGAAAUGUGCUCCAAGUUCACAAGGGAGGGUGCAUCAGCAGUGGAAAAUCUAAAUGAGAUGCAGUGUAUGUGGUUCCAAACAGAGUGUGCACUUGCCUACAAGUCCAUGAACAAGUUUGGGGAAGCCCUAAAGAAGUGCCAUGAGAUAGAGAGGCAUUUUGUGGAGAUCACAGAUGACCAGUUUGAUUUCCACACCUACUGCAUGAGAAAGAUGACGCUUCGCUCCUACGUGGACCUGCUGAAGCUGGAGGAUGUGCUCCGAAUGCAUCCUUUUUACUACAAGGCAGCCACCAAUGCCAUUCAGAUCUACCUGAGCCUCCAUGACAAUCCCUUAACUGAUGACAGCAAAGAGCUCCAGGCAGACACUGCAAACCUUUCUGACAAAGAGCUGAAAAAGUUAAGGAACAAGCAGCGAAGAGCACAGAAGAAGGCCCAGCUGGAAGAGGAGAAGAAGAAUGCUGAAAAGGAAAAGCAGCUUAAGAACCAGAAGAAGAAGAAGGAAGAUGACGACGAGGAGAUUGGAGGACCCAAAGAGGAGCUGGUUCCUGACAAACUGGUGAAGGUAGAAAAUCCACUGGAAGAAGCAGUCAAGUUCCUGAUGCCUCUCAAACAUCUGGUCAAAAGCAAGAUAGACACCCACCUACUGGCCUUUGAGAUCUACUUCAGGAAAGAAAAAUAUCUGCUGAUGCUCCAGUCUGUGAAGAGAGCGGUAGCUAUCGACCCAGACCAUCCCUGGCUGCACCAGUGUCUAGUACGCUUCUUUAAAGGAGUCUCAGAGAGUAAGGAGCUACCGGAGGUGGUCAGGACGGUGCUGAAGCAGGAGAUCACCCGGCUUUUUGGAGACAGCAAUGCUAAGAGCUUCAACCAGGCCUACCUCACCAAGCACUCCAACUCCAUACCACACAGACUGGCUGCUGCAAAAAU